UACAUAUGAUCGCAUACGAUGUUUUCUUUUUUUAUGUCCGAGCCGCCAUUUUAAUAGUUUCCGUGGAAACCAUGAAAACAAACGUACAUACAAAAACAAUGUCAAUAAUACCUUGAAAUUGAACUGAAAGAUUGUUUCUUUAUUGAAAUAUAAACAAUGAAGACUGUGCCAGCAUGGGUUGACAAGGUUCAAGACAAAUCGGAAUGGUGUAUAUACGACUUAUGUUUUAAUCCAGAUGGUACUCAGUUAGUUAUUGCUGCUGGUCAGCAAGUUUUGGUUUACGAGACCACUGAAGGAGCUUUGAUUCAGCCAUUAAAAGGGCAUAAGGACAUAGUUUAUUGUGUAUGUUAUGCAAAAGAUGGUAAAAAAUUUGCAUCUGGAGGUGCAGAUAAAAGUGUCAUUAUUUGGACAUCAAGACUGGAAGGUAUCCUCAAAUAUUCUCACAAUGAAGCUGUUCAAGCUAUGCAGUUCAAUCCUGUAUCGCAUCAACUUUUGAGUUGUUCUCUAUCAGACAUAGCAUUCUGGUCUCCUGAACAAAAAGCAGUUGUGAGACAUAAAUCCAAAGGAAGAGUGAACUGUUGUGCUUGGACAAGCGAUGGUCAAUAUUUAGCCAUUGGAUUGGCAACUGGCUAUGUCUCCAUUAGAAAUAAGAAUGGAGAAGAACAGAUACGUAUAGAUAGACAUAGCGAAGUACCAAUAUGGAGUUUACUUUGGAAUCAUCAAUGGGAAAAUUCUACAGACGUCCUCUGUAUCGCGGAAUGGAAUGGAACUAUAUCUUUCUAUUCGAUCGCGGGGAAACCAAUUGGAAAAGACAGAUUAUUAAAUUUCAUUCCUCUUAGGAUGUGUAAUUUUGCAGGUGGUCAAUACAUUUUGAUUUCAGGAAGUAAUAAACAAUGUAUAUUAAUGACGUAUGACGGAAUACAAUUAAUGAAUGUUGGUGGUACAUUUUCCUCUUGGGUUUGGAGUUGUGCUGUACAUCCAACUUCUACGCAUAUUGCCUUAGGUUGUCAGGAUGGUACUAUAACAUAUUUACAAUUAUCAUGGAACGUUAUACAUGGACUGUAUGGAGAUAGAUACGCGUAUAGGGAAAAUAUGACCGAUGUAAUAAUACAAAAUUUGAUUACCGGUGAAAAAGUUCGAAUCAAAUGUAAAGAUUUGAUUUCCCGCAUUGCUGUAUAUAAGUCUAGAUUAGCCGUUCAAUUAUCAGAACGCGUGAUAAUUUAUGAACCAACAAAUUCCAAUGAUGGAAUGCAUUAUCGUAUAUGUGAAAAAUUGAAUCAAGCUCUGAAUUGUAAUUUAUUAGUUGUCACGGCAAACAACUUAAUAUUAUGUACAGAAAGAAGAUUACAAAGUUUAUCUUUAAAUGGAAUCGUAGAGAGAGAAUGGAUACUCGAUGGAUUUAUAAGUUAUAUCAAAGUUGUUGGUGGACCAGUUGGUCAAGAAUGUUUAAUUGCAGGUUUGAACACAGGGUAUAUAGUAAAAAUAUAUUUAGAUAAUCCCUUCCCAGCACACUUGACAAAAAUCGAAGGUUCUGUAAGAUGUCUCGAUGUUAGUUCGUUAAAAGAAAAGCUGGCAGUUGUCAGCGACCAAGGAGUCCUUUAUAUAUUCGAUUUGUAUGCAGAGGAAAAACUUCAAGAAUUCCAAGAUGUAAACAGUGUAGCAUUUAACAGCAGCUUCGAGGAUAUAAUGUGCUUUUCAAGUGGAGAGUAUUUGGUAAUUAAAGUAGGAAACUUCACGGAAUAUAGACAAAAAUUUACUGGGUUCGUCGUGGGUCACAAUGGAUCGAAGGUUUACUGUUUAAAUGGAUCUAGUAUUAUUACAGUGGAGGUUCCAUUAUCUCUAUUCAUGUACCAAUACCUAGACAUUGGUCUUUUUUCUCAUGCUUAUCAUAUAGCAUGUCUUGGGGUAGCAGAUUCAGAUUGGUUUGCUCUAGGCACUAAUGCUUUGGAACAUCUAGAACUGAAUAUAGCAUAUUCUGCCUUUGCUAGAGUUAAAAAUCUAAGGUACAUAGAAAUUGUAUCCGAAGUAGAAGAAAAAUUAAAAUCUGGCGAAUGGGGAAGAGAAGCAUGCAUGGCUACCGCUGCUGCUGCUAUGGGAAAAUUGAAAGAAGCUGCAAAACUUUAUCAAAAAGCUGGUUUACAGCAACACGCGUUGACCAUGUAUUCCGAUUUGCGUAUGUUUGACAUUGCACAAGAAUUUAUUGUUAGCGGAAACAGCCAGGACCGCACAAUAUUACUUCGCAAAAGAGCAGAGUGGGCCAAAAGUCUCGGCGAACCUCGUGCUGCUGCGGAAACGUUUCUCUCAGCGGGCGAUGUAGAUCGUGCCAUUAACAUAAUUGCAGAGUAUGGUUGGAUCGAUAUGUUAAUAAAAGUGGGCAGACAACUCGAUAAAUCAGACAGAGACAAUCUAACUGUAAUCGCUAAGAAGUUAAAGAAAUUAGGUGCAACCCAUGGGGCAGCUGAAAUUUUUGGUCGUUUGGGAGAUGAUCCUGAUGUAGCAGAUGUUUUAGUGGAUGCUCAAGCUUGGCCUGAGGCUUUUGAAUUAGCUGAAAGAAAUCCCAAACUGAAAGCAAGGAUAUAUGGACCGUAUGCUAGAUGGUUAGCAGAGACUGGCCAUUUUUCCGAAGCGCAAGAAGCGUUUCAGAUAGCUGGACAAUCAGAAGAAUCUAUAAUGGUACUGACAAUGUUGGCAAAAAAUGCUGUUACCGAGAAAAGAUUUCGCGAUGCCUCCUAUUUUUAUUGGCUACUUUCUCAAAUUAGUUUAAACCUUAACAGAAGCACCGACGAAUUACAAAUAAUGUUUUCUCAGUAUUACGAGAAGGCUGAUAUAUAUUAUGCUUAUCACGAAGUCCACAAAUACGUUGAAGAGCCGUUCACGUCGCUAAUGCCAGAGGCGCUCUUCAACAUUUCGCGAUUUCUUUUAACGAAAACUCAUAAUAUGCAAAUAGAAGGAGUCUCGAGGUUUAUUAUAAUGUAUACUUUGUUAAAACAAGCUUCCCUUCUUGGUGCUAAUAAAUUGACGAUGCAAUUACUCGAGAAAUUACGUAAAACAAGAAUUCCAGCAAGUCAACUUGGUCAAUUGGAAACUUCAAACUUGAUAGCUCGAGCUUCCCCUUACAGAGAUCCCGAGGAACUUAUGCCACUUUGUUAUAAGUGUUCAACUUUUAAUCCUCUCUUGUCGCUAGAUAAUCAACAAGGGCAUUGCGUGCAAUGUCGAUUAAAAUUUCAAUAUUCCUUUAUAAUGUUUGAAAUCCUGCCAUUAGUCGAAUUUGAUUUGGAGGAAGAUAUUUCGGAUGAAGAAGCAGAAAAGUUAAUAAAUGAAUCGUUAUCAUUAACUGACAGUAUGACGGAUAAUGAUCAGCUUACCAUUACUUCCGAAGUAGAUAUGUUUACUGCACGUUUAAUGAAAUACGAGGAAAAAUCGAGUACUUCUACUAUAAUUGUGGGAAGAAGUGUUUUGAAGAGCAUGGAUCCGUGUACUGUAUUAAUCGUAAAGUGGCCAAAACCAUUUAAAACGAGAUAUUUUAAAAAUCUUUUACCUGAUCUACAAAUUACUUUCUGUAAAUCUUGUCUAAAGCUAUUUCAUUUGGAUGACUAUGAACUGGCUUUAUUGCGAUACGGGCACUGUCCAUUUUGUAGAACGUUAAAUAAAUCUUCCGAUUAAAAUUAUUCUUUUAAUUAGA